AUGGAGUUCUUACUUGGCAAUCCAUACAGCACUCCUGUUGGCCAAUGCGUCGAACGAGCCACUGAUGGAGGGCUCCAAAAUGAGGACUGGACUCUCAACAUGGAAAUCUGUGACAUCAUUAAUGAAACUGAUGAGGGGCCAAAAGAUGCCAUGCGGGCACUCAAGAAAAGAUUGAGUGGGAAUAAAAACUACAGAGAAGUCAUGUUGGCUUUGACGGUGUUGGAGACUUGUGUGAAAAACUGUGGUCACAGGUUUCAUGUCCAGGUGGCUCACAGAGACUUCAUAGAUGGAGUAAUGGUUCGGAUUCUAUCACCGAAGUCCAAUCCUCCAACCAUUGUACAAGACAAAGUCCUGUCUCUCAUCCAGUCUUGGGCUGAUGCCUUCAGGAGUAGUCCAGAUCUUACUGGAGUAGUCCACGUUUAUGAAGAACUGAAGAGAAAAGGUUUAGAGUUUCCAAUGGCGGACCUUGAUGCAUUGUCACCAAUCCACACACCUCAGAGGGGAACACCUGAAGUGGACCCAGCCAUGCUCAAAUACUUGGCUCCGCCUGCUCCUGCUAACCUCCCUCCCAGACCUGCACCAGCUGCAGUAAGGUCCCCUCAAAGGCCCCUGACCAGUGGACCAGGACCCAUCACAGCAACACCAGAACAGAUUGCCAGACUGCGUAGUGAGCUGGACGUUGUCAGUGGGAAUGUCAAAGUCAUGUCAGAGAUGUUAACUGAGCUCGUGCCUGGACAAGAAGAUGUUUCAGAUCUUGAACUGCUUCAGGAGCUAAACAGAACCUGCAGGGCCAUGCAGCAAAGAGUGGUUGAGCUCAUUUCAAGAGUUUCCAAUGAGGAGGUGACUGAGGAGCUGCUGCACGCCAAUGAUGACCUCAACAACAUCUUCCUUCGUUUUGAGAGAUAUGAAAGGGUUAGACAGGGUAGAGCUUUGCAAAAUAAUAGGAUGGUGAGUGAAGCCCCAAAUGACAGCCUUAUUGACCUGGGACCAGGCUCUCCUGCUGUAGUGACCCCCAGGGUCACUUCCAGCCCCCCUCCUCGGGCCACUGCCUCACCAGCCCCUAACGGCUCCACAACAAUAUCGUCUGCUCUCGCUGGCUUGGAGGUUGGAGCAGGGGCAGUCAGUGCUACAUUGUCAUCUCACUCGGGUCACAAUCAAGAUGACUUUGAUAUGUUUGCCCAGACCAGGAGUAGCUCUCUGGCUGAACAACGCAAAAACGUAACAUAUGAAGACCCUCAGGCUUUGGGCAGCCUGGCCUCUGCACUGGAUGUAAGACAACAAAACACUGGAGGGAUCCCAGUAUCGCCGUCCUCUGUUAUGGAUGACAUAGAGGAGUGGCUCUGUGCUGAUGUGAAAGGUGACCGGGUUGAAGAAGGCGUCACCAGUGAAGAGUUUGACAAGUUCUUGGAGGAGCGAGCAAAAGCAGUGGACUCUGUUCCAUCUCCCAGCAGAGCAGCGCCUGCUCCCAGCGCGUCACAUAAGAAGGAUGAGCACUCAGAAGAUGCCCUCUUUGCCUUGUAG